AUGUCUGAGAGCAUAAAAGUCAUUUGCCGUGUGAGGCCUCUAAAUGAUUUAGAGAAAGCAAAUGAUAGCAAGUUCGUGGUAUCCUUCCCUGGUGAUGGCAAGACGACAAUAUCACUCGGCGGUAAAAACUAUAACUUUGACCAUGUGGUGCAACCGAAAGCAAGUCAGUUGGAGGUCUAUGAGAUAGUGGCAAAGCCAAUUGUUGCAGAUGUGCUGAACGGAUAUAACGGGACGAUAUUUGCUUAUGGUCAGACGUCAAGCGGGAAAACAUUCACCAUGGAGGGAAUCUUGGGUGAUCCAGUCUUCCAGGGUGUUAUCCCUCGCAUAAUACAUGAUAUAUUUAACCAUAUCUACCAAAUGGAUGAGAACCUCGAGUUUCACAUCAAAGUUUCAUACUUCGAAAUAUAUAUGGAUAAAAUUCGAGAUCUGCUCGAUGUUUCAAAGACAAACUUGCCUGUUCAUGAAGAUAAGGAUAGAGUUCCCUAUGUCAAGGGCGCUACAGAACGAUUUGUUUCCAGUCCGGAGGAGGUUUUUGAUGUUAUCGAUGAAGGAAAGGCUAAUCGCCAUGUUGCUGUAACUAAUAUGAAUGAGCAUAGUUCUCGGAGUCACUCAGUAUUUAUGAUCACCGUUCGACAAGAAAAUCUUGAAACUCAAAAGAAAUUGCAUGGAAAACUCUAUCUCGUUGAUUUGGCUGGUAGUGAAAAAGUUGCUAAGACUGGCGCCGAAGGUACUGUUUUGGACGAAGCCAAAAAUAUCAACAAGUCAUUAUCUGCUCUUGGUAAUGUCAUAAAUGCACUUGUGGAAGGAAGUUCUCAUGUUCCUUAUCGUGACUCCAAAUUGACACGUAUUCUUCAAGAAUCUCUGGGUGGUAAUGCACGUACAACUAUGGUGAUAUGUUGUUCACCGGCUGCCUUUAAUGAUGCAGAAACAAAAUCUACUCUCAUGUUUGGUAUGCGGGCUAAAACUAUCAAGAAUCUGGUAACUGUAAAUGAGGAAUUAACUGCUGAUGAAUGGCGAAGAAGGUUUGAACGUGAAAAAGAGAAAGUUAGAAAGUUACGUAUUAUCGUCUCUCAUCUUGAAAAUGAACUGAAACGCUGGCGAGUUGGGGAAUCUGUCGCUCAAGCUGAAUGGUUUACUGAAAAUCAGUAUGCUACUGCUAUGGAUGAAGUAAAAGAUAUAACAAAUCCACAAGCUGCUCUAAUCACAUCAUCAAUGUUAGACAGCAUUACUGCAACUUCUACAGUGACCAACACACCUCAAGUGCAUCCUUCAUUUACAUCACCAGCUUCAGAUAGUAAUAUUACCAAUCGAGUUACCAGUCAUUCAGGUACUGUUGAUGAUGAUCAAUUACAAUUACUCUAUCAACAACUUGAUGACAAAGAUGAUGAAAUCAAUAAGCAAGCUCAAACAAUAGCUCGUAUUCGACAACAAAUUGAAGAACAAGAUGAAGUUAUCAACUCAUUACGUAAAGAACGUGAAGGUCAAUUGAAGGAGAUCACCAACCUUCAGGUUGAAUAUCAAUCAAGUAAAGAUGAAGUAAAAGAAGUUCUACAAGCAUUAGAAGAAUUAGCUAUGAAUUAUGAUCAUAAAGCACAAGAGAUUGAUUUAAAAGCUAAAGAACUUGAAGAAGCUCAAGAGUCUUUACUGAAGCAAACACGCUUAAUGCAUAGUAAAGAUGGAGAAUUAUCUCAGUUAAAGGAUACUCAUCAAAAUCAAAAGAAAAAGUACACUGAAAUGAUGUCUAGUUUAUUAAAGGAUUUAAUCGAUGUUGGUGAAUGUUUAAAUGAUCAGAUAACGAAACCAUCUGUUGGUUCUGAACGAUUAGAUGAAGAAUUCACUGUUGUCCGUUUGUAUAUAAGUAAGAUGAAAACAGAGGCGAAAUCAUUACAUUCACGUGUACGUCAACUGGAAGAAGAACGUGUACAACACGUACAAUUAUUACGUAAAAGUGAAGAUGAAUGUAAAGAUCUUCGUACACGACUUCAUGCUUAUGAAGUGAAAGUUGACACUCUGACGGAUAAAAUUGACGAUUCUGAAUCACGUAAACGUCAGUUACAAGAGACAGUGGAUAGUUUGAAUGGAGAAUUAGCUAAACUACGUGCUAGUGAACAAUUUAAUGCUGGUUCUGGACAACAGAAUGAACAAAUAUUAGCUGGUCAAUCAGCUAUACGUGCAAAAUUAGAUGAAGAAUUUAAACGGCAAUCUGAAUAUUAUGCUGCUCAAGUGAAAAGUUUACGUGAUGAAUUAGAUGAAAAACAAAAGAAAUUAGAAGAAUACAAAGACUCUGCAAAUAAUUUCAAAUUCCAGUAUGAAAAAUCUCAAGAAGAAGUUACACGUUUACGUGAAGAAUUGGAGAAUAAAUCAACACGUUUAGAGACAUUGGAGAAGACAGCAGAGAAGCGUGAACAAGCUAAACAAGAUUUACGUGGUCUUGAGGAGACAGUGAUUAAAGAAUUACAAACACUGCACAAUUUACGACGACUAUUUAUACAAGAUUUGAAUUGUCGAAUUAAAAAGUCUGCUAGUCGUGUAAGUGCACUAGCAGCUGCAGAGAAAGCAUCACCUAACAAUCAAGGGAAUACAAUAAAUUCUCCUGGAUUAACUGGUCAACAGCAACAAAUAUCAGAAAGUCUACUAAUGGAUGAUGAUGAUGACGAUGAACCUAGUCAAGCUGGUUCACUUGCUCAACGUGAAAAAAAUUGCCUUCCUUGA